AUGAUAAAAGUGAGUUUUUAUGGGAAUUUGGAGGAAGUUUUAACCGAGAAAAGUUGUGGAGCUAGAAAAUGUGCUCUAGAGCUCAAAAGUUUACUAGAAAUCCUGUUUUUGUGCUCUGCAGCUGAAAAUUUAAAAAAAAUCUGGACCAUUUUGAGCCUGGAAACUUGAAAUUUUAAGAAUUUCAACCUACAAUUCGAGAUUUUUUGAGCCUGGAACCCUUUUUGACUGAAAAAUCAGCUUUUUUUCAAAAUUUCGAGCUCUACAGAAUCUGAAAAAGUCUAAAAUUCUGAAAAUUGGAGUAUUUUGAGCCCGGAAAAUGCUCCAAAAAUCAAAAUUUUUCGACCAAUUUUCAGCCAAAAAUCAAAAUUUCUCUGAAAUUUAGGAUUUUCAGCCAAAAAAUCACUUGAUUUCCAGACAAAUAGCUACGACACUCCGCUCGGAACACUCAGCAAACAAUUGAAAAAACAAAAACAACUUUCGACACCGUAUUUGGUCUUGAGUGGAUCCAAUGAUCAGUGAGUUUUUUUUUGGCGCGAAAUUUGAAAAUUCAAAAAAAAAUGAAAAUAUCUGAAAUUUUAAGUUUUAAUUUUGCCACGUGUACUCUACAGUAAUCCCCUCAAAAAUUCUGAAAAAAUCAGAAAAUAUCAUCCAAAAAAAUCCGGGUGGAAAAAUAUACGUUUCAAAAAUAUUGGAAAUAUUUGCGACGAUCUUCCGGUGACGAUUUAGAACUCGAUUUCUCACUUCUCAAUAUCAUGAUGAACCUAAGCCUAAAUCUAGAAGGCCCAUGCCUAAAAAACAUAGGCUGAAUAGAAGCCUAAGCCUAAGCCUAUUUUGAUCUAUGGGCCUAAUAUCAAGCCUAAAAAAAAUCUCAAAUUUAAUAUUAAAGAUUUUAGCUAAGCCCAAGCCUAGAAAAUUAAUUGUGUCAAAUUCAAUAUUUCCGUGAGAAAAAAAUCCACGUGGAUAAUUUGAGCCUUGAAAAUUUCGGGCCUAGAACUUCAGGCCUAGUUCUAGUUCUAAAGCCUAGAGAAAAUAGUGAAAAAAUAAUUUUUUUUUUGAAAAAAGUAGAUCAAAAAUUUCAAAAUGUUAUCUAUUCAUAUGAACAAAAUUAUUUUUUUUUAUCAAAAAAAAAUGUGAUAACGAAAAUCUAAUAAAAAACAUGUGUUCAGCCGGGUUACUGUAGCUCUAAGGUUAAAAAGUCAAAUCUCUAGUGAUCAAAAAAAGAAUUUUUCCUGGAAAACCAAGAAAAAAAAGUUUGCGAAAAACUUUUUCAGCUCCAAAAAUGGUUGAAAAUAUCUGAAAUUUUUCGAUUUAAUUUUGCCACGUGUACUCUACAGUAAUCCCCUCAAAAAUUCAGAAAAAAUUAUAAAAAAUCAUCCAAAAAAAUCAUUGUGAAAAAUCUACGUUUCAAAAAUAUUGGAAAUAUUAUGGUAAUAAUUUACACUAGUUACUUAAACGGUCUACCUGGCAAUUUAUUCGAUCUUCCUUUUUUUUGACGACUUUCUCAAUUGGAAUGCUUCUUUUCCUUUUGAAGUGCACUAACAGUAACCUGAAAUUUCGAGAGGUACAGUAACCCGUUCACAAUAACUCUAGAGAUCCCAAAAAUUACAGGUUUUCUCUAGAUUGUUCCUUCGGUUAUUGUAGCUAGAAAACCAUGCGCGAAACUUUUUUAGCCAGAAAAAUUGUCUGAAAAUAUCUGAAAUUUUUUGCUUUAAUUUUUCCAAAAGCCUCUAAACUAGACUCUAGUCUUCAAAAGCCUUUAAACUAGGCUUAUCUAGAUUCAAAAAACGCCGAUUUUCCAGGCCAAAACCAGGCUUAUCUAGACUCAAAAAAAUUCAAUUUUCUUCCAGAAAAAGCCCACCAAAAACGAUUCCACAGCCGGCCUAGUCGUAGGCCAUAAUCGUGAAGAUUUCCUCGAAGACGCCCACCAAAUCCUGGUUCUUCAAGACAAAGGAGUUUUGGAUGAUUCGGAUGAAGUUCUGGUAAAUCCAAAUCUCCUGGAAAAUGAGAUGCAUCGGAAAAAUGUGGAAUUAAGGAAAUCCAGAAAUCCCAGAGAUUCUGACGGGGAUCUAGAAGGCGGUUCGGGAAUCCUGGCCAAAUAUGACUCGGAUUUGGGCCCGGAAAAAGGCCCCCGAAAGUUCCGAUUGGACCACUCGGGAAAUCUGGACUUGGCUGAAGAGAAACGCGAGCUGGAAAUGUUUGAAAAGCUGAAAAUGGCUGGAAAACGACUGGAAACUUUGGAUAACCCGGAGAAAUAUAAAUUGGCUUCGGAAUUCUACACACAAGAUGAGAUGAUUGAAUUCAGGAAGAAUAAAAAAGGCAAAAAGGAGCGGAACUCGCGGAAAACCAAAAAAAUGCUGAAAGCCUCGGAUUUGCAGCCGAUUCCCGAUGAGAGACGCGAUUUUGGAAGGAGACGCAGAGAUAGCGAGGAAGAGGUGAGGUUUUGAGGGAACAUUUGGGAGAUUUCGAUGAUUUUGAGCUAGAAAACAUGAAAAUUGCUCAUUUUUGAGCUAGAAUACAUGAAAGUUGCUCAUUUUUGAGCUAGAAAACAUGAAAAUCAAUAAAUUUUGAGCCUGGGACCAUCUAAAGCCUGAAAUCUAUGAUUUUUGAGCUUUAGAAGGCUUUGGGAGAUUUGUAGACCUGAAAUUCAUGAAAAUCACAGAAUUUCAACCUGAAAUUCAUAAAAUUUGAAGAAUUUCAGUCCGGGAAAGGUUUCAGGUCGAUUUUAGGCCUCUUUCAAGCCCCUGGGCUCAAAAAUCCGGUUUCAAUGCCAUUUUUCACAAAAAAUUUCCAAAAAUUAAUUUAGGCGUGAACUUUUUGACGUGGAAAUUUGAAAAAUCAAAAAAAAUCAUUUUUUAAUUUUGAAAAUCUAGAAAAUUUCCAAUUUUCAGCCCGAAAAACCAGCUGAAAAUCAGGAAUUCGAAGCAGAAACUGAUGGAAAAUGGAAAAAAGCGAUGCAUGGAAAUGGAGUGGAUUUGGAACGACUUCAGAAGCUGAAAAAGACUGUGCAGAAGGAAAGUGAUGAGGAGGAUAGUGAAGGUGAGGAUUUUUGGGGGAAAAUUUGAAAUUUUUGGCUGAAAAUGAGCUGAAAUUUGGGAUUUUUGGGUGAAAAUAGGCUGAAAUUCGAGAUUUUUGGGUGAAAAUGAGCUAAAAUUCGAGAUUUCUGAUGAAAAAUGACCUAAAAUUCAUGUUCCAAGCCCGAAAAUCGCAUUUUUCGACGUAAAAUAGAUUAACAUGAGCAAUGCACAAGGUUUUUGAGUUGAAAAAAUCUAGAUUUGCAGCCGGAAUUCAGGCCUAAAUCUAGGCUUAUUUAGGCUUUAAAAAACCCUAGUUGCAGGCCUAAAAUCUAGGCUUAUUUAGGCUUUAAAAAACCCCAAUUUUUUAGGCCUAAAUCUAGGCUUAUCUAGGCUCUAAAGAAUCCCAACUACCAGGCCUAAAUCUUGGCUCAUUUAGGCCCAAAAUCUAGGCUUAUUUGGACUCUAAAGAACCCUAAUUUCUAGGCCUAAAUCUGGGCUUUCUUAGACACAGAAGAUCCCCAAUUUCAGGCCUAAAAACUAGGCUUAUCUAGGCCUAAAAAUCACAAUUCCCAGGCCUAUAUCUAGGCUCCUUUAGGCUCAAAAGAACCCCGAUUUCCAGGCCUAAAUCUGGGCUUAUCUAGGCCCAAAAACUAGGCUUAUUUAGGCUCUAAAGAAUCCCAAUUUCUAGGCCUAAAACUAGGCUUUUUUAGGCUCUAAAGAACCCCAACUUCCAGGCCAAAACCAGGCUUAUCUAGUCUCAAAAAACGCCGAUUUUCCAGGCCAAAACCAGGCUUAUCUAGACUCAAAAAAAUUCAAUUUUCUUCCAGAAAAAGCCCACCAAAAACGAUUCCACAGCCGGCCUAGUCGUAGGCCAUAAUCGUGAAGAUUUCCUCGAAGACGCCCACCAAAUCCUGGUUCUUCAAGACAAAGGAGUUUUGGAUGAUUCGGAUGAAGUUCUGGUAAAUCCAAAUCUCCUGGAAAAUGAGAUGCAUCGGAAAAAUGUGGAAUUAAGGAAAUCCAGAAAUCCCAGAGAUUUUGACGGGGAUCUAGAAGGCGGUUCGGGAAUCCUGGCCAAGUAUGAUUCGGAUUUGGGCCCGGAAAAAGGCCCCCGAAAGUUCCGAUUGGACCACUCGGGAAAUCUGGACUUGGCUGAAGAAAAACGCGAGCUGGAAAUGUUUGAAAAGCUGAAAAUGGCUGGAAAACGACUGGAAACUUUGGAUAAUCCGGAAAAGUAUAAAUUGGCUUCGGAAUUCUACACACAAGAUGAGAUGGUGGAAUUUAGGAAGAAUAAAAAGGGAAAAAAGGAGCGGAACUCGAGAAAAACCAAAAAAAUGCUGAAAGCCUCGGAUUUGCAGCCGAUUCCCGAUGAGAGACGCGAUUUUGGAAGGAGACGCAGAGAUAGUGAGGAAGAGGUGAGGUUUUGGGGAGUUUUGAGGGAAAAUUUGGGAGAUUUCGAUGAUUUUGAGCUAGAAAACAUGAAAAUUCAUGAUUUUUGACCUGAAAUUCAUAAAAACCAAUAAAUUUUGUACCUGGGACCACCUGGAACCUGAAAUUUAUGAUUUUUGUGCUCUAGAAGCUCUUGGAAGGUUUUCAGGCUUGAAAUUCAUGAAAAAUGGGAUUUUUUUGGUCUAGAAACUGGUUUUUGAGCUAGAAUUCAUGAAAAUCAAUAAAUUUUGAGCCUAGGAUCAUCUAAAGCCUGAAAUCUAUGAUUUUUGAGCUCUAGGAGGCUCUGGGAGGUUUCUAGACCUGAAAUUUAUUAGAAUUGAUGAUUUUUGAGCUGAAAUUCAUAAAAAUCGAUAAAUUUCAAGCCUGGGACCAUCUAAAGCCUGAAAUCUGUGAUUUUUGAGCUCUAGAAGGCUUUGGGAGGUUUCUAGACCUGAAAUUCAUCAAAAUUCAUGAUUUUUGACCUGAAAUUCACUAAAAAUGUCCAAUUUUAACCUAAAAUUCAUAAAAAUCGAUACAUUUUGAACCUGGGACCAUCUAAAGCCUGAAAUCUAUGAUUUUUGAGCUCUAGAAGGCUUUGGGAGGUUUCUAGACCUGAAAUUCAUGGAAAUUUAUGAUUUUUGAGCUGAAAUUCAUGAAAAUCAAUAAAUUUCGGACCUGGGACCAUCUGAAGCCUGAAAUCUAUUAUUUUUGAGCUCUAGAAGGCUUUGGGAGGUUUCUAGACCUGAAAUUCAUCAAAAAUGGGUUUUUCGGACCUAAAAAGGCCCUUCUGGACCAUUUUCAAGCCGCUGGGCUCAAAAAUCCGAUUUCCAGGCCAUUUUUUACAAAAAAAUUCCAAAAAUUAAUUUAAACGUGAACUUUUUGACGUGGAAAUUUGAAAAAUCAAAAAAUUCAUUUCUCAAUUUUGAAAAUCUAGAAAAAUUCCCAUUUUCAGCCCGAAAAACCAGCUGAAAAUGCGGAAUUCGAAGCCGAAACUGAUGGAAAAUGGAAAAAAGCGAUGCAUGGAAAUGGAGUGGAUUUGGAACGGCUUCAGAAGCUCAAAAAGACUGUGCAGAAGGAAAGUGAUGAGGAGGAUAGUGAAGGUGAGGAUUUUUGGGGGAAAAUGAGCUGAAAUUUGAAAUUUUUGAUGAAAAAUGAGCUGAAAUUCGAGAUUUUUGGCUGAAAAUGAGCUAAAAUUCGAAGUUUUUGAUGGAAAAUGAGCUGAAAUUCGAGAUUUUUGGCUGAAAAUGAGCUGAAAUUCAGGUUUCUAGCCAGAAAAUCGCAUUUUUCGACGUAAAAUAGACUAACAUGAGCAAUGCAAAAGAUUUUUGAGUCGAAAAAAGUCUAGAUUUUUUGGUUGAAUUUUUAGGCCUAAAAACUUCUUUAGGCUCAAAAGAAUCCGAAUUUGCAGGCCUGAAUCUGGGCUUUUCUAGGCCUAAUAACCAGGCUUAAUUAGUCUCAAAAAAACCCUGAUUUUUAGGCCAAAACUAGGUUUAUUUAGACCUAAAUCUGGACUUAUUUAGGCUCAAAAGAACUCGAGUUUCAGGCCCGAAUCUAGGCCAAAAUCUAGGCUUCUCUAGGCUCAAAAGAACCUCAAUUUUUAGGCCUAAAAUCUAGGCUUUCUUGGGCCUAAAUCUGGACUUAUUUAGUCUCAAAAAACCCCCAAUUUCUAGGCUUAUUUUUUUUAUAUAAUUAUCUACGUUUUUGAAAUUACAUUUGUAAUUUGUCUUCUUCUUUCUGACGGUGUUCUUCCAAUGUCGUAAAUAAAAUAAAAUAAAUUAUUUAGGCUCAAAAGAACCCCAACUUCUAGGCCUAAAUCUAGGCUUAUCUAGGCCCAUUCCAGCCCCAAAAAUCCGAAAUUUUCAGAUGAUUUCCCAUCCGGUGGUGUAGAUUUGACUGGAAUUGUCAUAGAUGAUGAUGCUGAAGAUGAACUUCACUCAAUUCUCUCAAAAACUCGAAAAGUUCGUCAAAAUCUCGUGGAUUUUGCUGAAAAUCCCGAGGAAAAUGUGGGAAAACGUGUGCAAAAAAUGAUGGAAGAUUUCGGAAAUCUGGAAGAAAAUCAGCCGAAAAAAGAGGGAAUUUUCAUCGAUUCAACCAUGGAAUACUGUAGACAUAUUGGAGAAAUCGAUACACUUGGAUUAGGUGGAAAUCGAAAAGAAAAAGAACUUUUGGUGAAGAAAGAGAUCAAAGAAGAAGAGGAAAAAGAGGAGGAAAAUGAAAAGGAUGAUGAAGGAUUUGAGAAAUGGAAAAGAGAUAAAAUUGAUAAGGAAUUGAGGGAGAAGGAGAAGAGAAGAAGGGAGGAAAAGUGAGGUUUUUUGGGGGGUUUUUGGGGUGGAAAACGUGGAUUUUGAAGAAAAAUGAGCCAAAAUUCAGGUUUCUAGGCAUUUUUUGAGCCUAGAAGCUUGAUUUUGGAUCUAUUGCUCAUGUGAACAAUUUUGAGCCAUCGAACGUGAAUUUUUGAUGAUUUUGAGCCCUGGAACGUGAUUUUCGAUGAAUUUUGAACUAAAACUCAGGUUUCUAGACAUUUUUUGAGCCUAGAACCUCAAAAAACAUGAUUUUCAGACAAUUUUGACCCAAAAUUCAGGUUUCUGGGGAUUUUUAGAGCCUAGAACCCAUCUCCUAGCUUAAAUUUUACCCUAGAAGCUUGAUUUCUAGGUUUUGGAUGGUUUUGAGCCAAAAAACAGAGUUUUUGAGCAAUUUUGAGCCAAAAUUCGGGUUUCUAGUGACUCUAGAAGCUUGAUUUUUGAAUUUUUUUCGAUUUAAUUUUGCCACGUGUACUCUACAGUAAUCCCCUCAAAAAUUCAGAAAAAAUCAGAAAAUAUUAUCCAAAAAUAUCCGGGUGGAAAAUGUACGUUUCAAAAAUAUUGGAAAUAUUUUUCAAAAAGAUUUCAAAAUGAUGGAGUAGCUUGUGGAUUAUGAAACAAACAUGAAUGCUUGCAUACAUAAAUGAGUUUGCAAUUAUUAGAACUGAAAGAAUAUAUAUUUACUGUAGACUUUCAGCCAAUCAGCACAAAAUUUGAGUCUGGAAUCCUCAUCUGAUAAAAUUCUUGAAAAUGAUUAGAUGAAGCGUUCCUUGACCAAAAACCUUGCUUUAAACAUGGUUCCGAACUCAAUUUUUCAGCUGAAAAUGCUGAUAAUCAUCAUUUUUGAUAAUUUCAAGUAAUUUCAGCAUUUUCAGCACAGAAUUUGGAUCUGGAAAUAUUUUUGAAGUGAAGUUUUUGGUUAAGGGGGUUAUUUUCAAGAAAUUCAUUCAGAUCAAGAUUCUAGACUCAAAUUUUUUGCUGAAAAUUCUGGAAACAUUGAUUUUCAGCAAUUUAAAGUAAUUUCAGCAUUUUCAUUCCCAAAUUUUCACCCAUUGCUCAUAUUAAACGUAGAAAAUCGAGUUUUUUAUCAAAAAUUCCCAAAUUUUCACCCAUUGCUCAUAUUAAACGUAGAAAAUCGAGUUUUUUAUCAAAAAUUCCCAAAUUUUCACCCAUUGCUCAUAUUAAACGUAGAAAAUCGAGUUUUUUAUCAAAAAUUCCCAAAUUUUCACGCAUUGCUCAUAUUAAACGUAGAAAAUCGAGUUUUAUAUCAAAAAUUCCCAAAUUUUCACCCAUUGCUCAUAUUAAACGUAGAAAAUCGAGUUUUAUAUCAAAAAUUUCCAAAUUUUCACCCAUUGCUCAUAUUAAACGUAGAAAAUCGAGUUUUAUAUCAAAAAUUCCCAAAUUUUCACCCAUUGCUCAUAUUAAACGUAGAAAAUCGAGUUUUAUAUCAAAAAUUCCCAAAUUUUCACCCAUUGCUCAUAUUAAACGUAGAAAAUCGAGUUUUAUAUCAAAAAUUCCCAAAUUUUCACCCAUUGCUCAUAUUAAACGUAGAAAAUCGAGUUUUUUAUCAAAAAUUCCCAAAUUUUCACGCAUUGCUCAUAUUAAACGUAGAAAAUCGAGUUUUAUAUCAAAAAUUCCCAAAUUUUCACCCAUUGCUCAUAUUAAACGUAGAAAAUCGAGUUUUAUAUCAAAAAUUUCCAAAUUUUCACCCAUUGCUCAUAUUAAACGUAGAAAAUCGAGUUUUAUAUCAAAAAUUCCCAAAUUUUCACGCAUUGCUCAUAUUAAACGUAGAAAAUCGAGUUUUAUAUCAAAAAUUCCCAAAUUUUCACCCAUUGCUCAUAUUAAACGUAGAAAAUCGAGUUUUAUAUCAAAAAUUCCCAAAUUUUCACCCAUUGCUCAUAUUAAACGUAGAAAAUCGAGUUUUAUAUCAAAAAUUCCCAAAUUUUCACCCAUUGCUCAUAUUAAACGUAGAAAAUCGAGUUUUAUAUCAAAAAUUUCCGAAUUUUCACCCAUUGCUCAUAUUAAACUCCAAAUUUUUGCAGAGGCGGUUGGCUUGCAGCUGGAAAACCGGUCCAAAGUACCUCAACUUCACAAUUGGAUAGCGAUGAUGAAGAAGCAAUUGAAGAAGCGAAAAAAAGGAAAUGGAAUGAAGAUGAAGAGGAUUCAGAAGAGGAUUCAGAAGAAAAAGAGGAUUAUCAACCAGCAUUGGGAAAAGAAGCGGAUGUUUCGAAAGGUGUUGGAGCUAUGUUGAAAUUGGCGGCACAAAAAGGAUAUUUGACAGAUCCGAAUUCGAAAUCCUACAAGGGACCCAGUUUGGAGCAUUUGAAAAAUCAUGCGAAAACACAGAUUGAUGGAGGAAGAUUGUGAGUUGUUUUGGGGGUUCUUUGAGCCGAAAUUUGAAAUUUUUGAGCCCGGAAGCUUGUUUUGAGCAAAAAUUUGAGAUUUUUGAGCCCGGGAGCUUGUUUUCAACCAAAAUUUGAGAUUUUUUGAGCUCUGGAGCUUGUUUUGAGUUAAAAUUUGAGAUUUUUGAGCCCUGGAGCUUGUUUUGAGCUAAAAUUUGAGAUUUUUGAGCCCUGGAGCUUGUUUUGAGCUAAAAUUUGAGAUUUUUGAGCCCCGGAGCUUGUUUUCAACCAAAAUUUGAGAUUUUUUGAGCCCCGGAGCUUGUUUUCAGCCAAAAUUUGAGAUUUUUUGAGCCCUGGAGCUUGUUUUGAGCCAAAAUUUGAGAUUUUUUAGCCCUGGAGCUUGAAUUUGAGCUAAAAUUUGGGAUUUUUGAGCCCUGGAGCUUGUUUUGAGCAAAAAUUUGAGAUUUUUGAGCCCUGGAACUUGAAUCUGAUCGAUUUGAGCCGAAAUUUGGGAAUUUCCAUAGGUUCUGAACCCAGUAACCGAAAAAUACGAAUUUUUGAAUUCCCGGGCUCAAAAAUGCACCAAAAAUCUGAAAUUUCAAGUUUCUGAGCUCAAAAUGCUCCAAAUUGUACGAUUUUUCACAAAUUUCGGCUUAAAAAAGGGUCCCGAGCUCAAAAACCCAAAUUUCAAGUUUCCGGGCUCAAAAUGGUUCAAAAAUCACAAAAUUUCAAAUUUUUAGAAUUUCAAAGAGCCUGGAAAGCCUUAUAGUUCAAAUUUCAUGAAAAUCCAAGUUUUCGGGCUCAAAAUGCUCAAAAAAUCUGAAAUUUUCAGAAUUUUAGGCUUUCAAAGAGCCUGGAAAGCCCUCUGGUUCAAAUUUCACGAAAUUUCAUGUUUCCGGGCUCAAAAUGCUCCAAAAAUCACAAAAUUUCAGAUUUUUCGAGUUUUUAAGAGCCUGGAAAGCUCUUUGGUUCAAAUUUUACAAAAAUUCAAGUUUCCGGGCUCAAAAUGCUCCAAAUUUUACCAUUUUUCCUGAAUUUUCAUCCAAAAUUCCAUUUUUUCAGCGACAUCGAAGACAAAUACAUGAAAAAGCUCGAUCGACUUGGCACAACUUCAUCCUCACGCGGUCCAAUUCAAGCAUUUCCCGAAAAAUUGGACUAUCAUCCAGAUGUCAAUAUUAGUUAUGUGGAUAAAAAAGGCCGUGAAAUGGAUGCAAAAGAUGCUUAUAGAGAGUUGUCCUAUAAAUUUCAUGGAAGAAAUCCGGGCAAAAAACAACUGGAAAAACGAGCGAAUCGAAAGGAUAAAGAGGAACGAAUGCUUAAGGUGAGAUUUGGAGCAUUUUGAGCCAAAAUUUGAGAAAUUUCGAGCAUUUUGAGCCAAAAUUUGAGAGAUUUCGAGCAUUUUGAGCUCGGAAACGUGAGAUUUGGAGCAUUUUGAGCUCAGAAACUUGAAAUUUGGAGCAUUUUGAGCCCGGUAACGUGAAUUUUUGUGAAAUUUGAACUAGAAGGCUUUCCAGGCUCUUUGAAAACCAAAAAUUCUGAAAAUUUCUGAUUUUUGGAGCAUUUUGAGCCCGGAAACUUGAAUUUUCGUAAAAUUUGAACUAGAGGGCUUUCCAGGCUUUUUGAAAGCCUAAAAUUCUGAAAAUUUCAGAUUUUUGAGCCCGGAAACUUGAAUUUUCGUGAAAUUUGAACUAGAAGGCUUUCCAGGCUCUUUGAAAGCCUGAAAUUCUGAAAAUUUCAGAAAUUGGAGCAUUUUGAGCCCGGAAACUUGGAUUUUCGUGAAAUUUCAACCUCAGGGCUUUCCAGGCCGUGAAAAAGCCUGAAAAUCUGAAAUUUGGACCAUUUUGAGCCUGGAAACGUGAAUUUUCGUGAAAUUUCAACCUCAGGGCUUUCCAGGCCCCUUGAAAGCCUAAAAAUCUGAAAAUUUCAGAUUUCUGGAACAUUUUGAGCCCGGAAACUUGGAUUUUCGUGAAAUUUGAACCAGAGGGCUUUCUAGGCUUUCUGAAAGCAUUAAAUUCUGAAAAUUUCAGAAUUUUGAGCAUUUUGUGCCCGGAAACAUGAAAUUUUGGGAAAUCUGGGCUUUUGGGCCUUAUUGGGCCAUUAAAAAGCUCAAAAAUCUCAAUUUUGACCAAAUUUUCAGCCAAAAAUCAACAUUUCUCUGAAAUUUAGGAUUUUCAGCCAAAAAAUCACCAAAAUUUCCAGACAAAUAGCUACGACACUCCGCUCGGAACACUCAGCAAACAAUUGAAAAAACAAAAACAACUUUCGACACCGUAUUUGGUCUUGAGUGGAUCCAAUGAUCAGUGAGUUUGUUUUUGGCGCGAAAUUUGAAAAUUCAAAAAAAAAUUGAUUUUUUUUGCAGCUCGAGCCUCAAAAAGGAGUAA